AUGGACGUGGACGUGGACGUGGACGUGGACGUGGACGUGGACGUGGACGUGGACGUAGACAUGGACGUGGACGUAGACGUAGACGUGGACGUGGACGUGGACAUGGACGUGGACGUGGACGUGGACGUGGAGGACAUGGACGUGGACGUGGACGUGGACGUGGACGUGGAGAACUUAGACGUGGACAUGGACGUGGACGUGGAGGACUUGGACGUGCACAUGGACGUGGACGUGGACGUGGACGUGGACGUGGACAUGGAGGUGGACGUGGACGUGGACGUGGACGUGGACAUGGACGUGGACGUGGACGUGGACAUGGACGUAGACGUGGUCGUGGAGUGGACGUGGAGUGGACGUGGACGUGGACAUGGACGUGGACGUGGACGUAGACGUGGACGUGGACGUGGACGUGGACGUGGACGUGGAGGUGGACGUGGACGUGGAGGUGGACGUGGAGUGGACGUGGACGUGGACGUGGACGUGGAGAACUUGGACGUGGACAUGGACGUGGACGUAGACGUAGACGUGGACGUGGACGUGGACAUGGACGUGGACGUGGACGUGGACGUGGAGGACAUGGACGUGGACGUGGACGUGGACGUGGACGUGGACAACUUAGACGUGGACAUGGACGUGGACGUGGAGGACUUGGACGUGCACAUGGACGUGGACGUGGAGUGGACGUGGACUGGACGUGGAGUGGACGUGGACGUGGACAUGGACGUGGACGUGGACGUAGACGUGGACGUGGACGUGGACGUGGACGUGGACGUGGACGUGGACGUGGAGGUGGACGUGGACGUGGAGGUGGACGUGGAGUGGACGUGGACGUGGACGUGGACGUGGAGAACUUGGACGUGGACAUGGACUGGACGUGGACGUGGACGUGGACGUGGAGAACUUGGACGUGGACAUGGACGUGAACGUGGACCUGGAUGUGGACAUGGACGUGGACGUGGACGUGGACGUGGACGUGGACGUGGACGUGGACGUGGAGGUGGACGUGGACGUGGAGGUGGACGUGGAGUGGACGUGGACGUGGACGUGGACGUGGACGUGGACGUGGACGUGGACGUGGACAUGGACGUGGACGUGGACGUGGACGUGGACAUGGACGUGGACGUGGACGUGGAACAUGGACGUGGACAUGGACGUGGACGUGGACGUGGACGUGGAGAACUUGGACGUGGACCUGGACGUGGACGUGCACCUGGACGUGGACAUGGACGUGGACGUGGACGUGGACGUGGACGUGGACGUGGACGUGGAGUGGACGUGGACGUGGACGUGGACGUGGACGUGGACGUGGACGUGGACAUGGACGUGGACAUGGACGUGGACGUGGACGUGGACGUGGACAUGGACGUGGACGUAGACGUAGACGUUGACGUGGACGUGGACAUGGACGUGGACGUGGACGUGGACGUGGAGGACGUGGACGUGGACGUGGACGUGGACGUGGACGUGGACGUGGACGUGGAGAACUUGGACGUGGACAUAGACGUGAACGUGGACGUGGACGUGGACGUGGACUUGGACGUGGACAUGGACGUGGACGUGGAGUGGACGUGGACGUGGACUGGACGUGGAGUGGACGUGGACGUGGACAUGGACGUGGACGUUGACGUGGACGUGGACGUGGACGUGGACGUCGACGUGGACGUGGACGUGGACGUGGACGUGGACGUGGACGUGGAGGACGUGGAUGUGGACGUGGACGUGGAGAACUUGGACGUGGACAUGGACGUGAACGUGGACGUGGACGUGGACGUGGAGGACUUGGACGUGGACAUGGACGUGGACGUGGACGUGGACAUGGACGUGGACGUGGACGUGGACGUGGACGUGGACAUGGACGUGGACGUGGACGUGGACGUGGACGUGGACCUGGACAUGGACGUGGACGUGGACGUGGACAUGGACGUGGACGUGGACAUGGUCGUGGACGUGGACGUGGACGUGGACGUGGACAUGGACGUGGACAACUUGGACGUGGACAUGGACGAGAACGUGGACCUGGGCGUGGACAUGGACGUGGACGUGGACGUGGACGUGGACGUGGACGUGGACGUGGAGGUGGACGUGGACGUGGAGGUGGACGUGGAGUGGACGUGGACGUGGACGUGGACGUGGACGUGGACGUGGACGUGGACGUGGACGUGGACGUGGACGUAG